UUCCUUUUAUCAUUCUUAAGAUAGCGAUCGAUGGAUACUUAUAACUUAUGCCUUGUUUCUAUACUUUCACAGCUAACCGUAAGAUGCCUACUUCAAGGAUAUUAGAACUCCUCAUGCCGUCACUGAAAAAUCGAAAGUUUGGGCAACUCUUAUCCUGUGUGUAUAAGGACAAAGAAUUAUUAAAAAUAUUUUGGAACACAAGAGAUCCCGGGAAUGAAAUGCAGAAGAUUUCGCGGUUUUUUAGAGCAUGGGAUAUAUUGAAAGGACGGCAUACAAGUGCCAACCUUUCUGUGAGCAAACACAGAUUCAGCACAGCUAUGCGGAGGCAUAACUGUGUUGAAAAUAUAAAAAGCUCUGACAAAAAAUUCAGAUAUUUUAGAAUAGUGAACUAUAAAGAGAACGAAAUUUUAGGCGUGGGACGAUUUAAAAGAUCACCAUGAGACGGG